AUGCAGAUACUGUUGGUGACGGAUAUAGGUGCCGAGGAACAUGUAUAUGUUGGAUUAUUCGGGUUUGUUCACGGGUCACGGGGACCACUUAUUAAUGAAGCUGCUGUAGAGAAGGUUGAAUUAUUAGUGCAAGAUGCUAUCUCACAGGGAGCAAAAGUUGUUGUGGGUGGUAAGAGGCAUAACCUAGGGUUGACUUUUUAUGAGCCUACAAUUAUAAGUGAUGUCAAGAAUGAGGUGCUCAUAGCAAGACGGGAAAUAUUUGGACUUGUUACACCUGUUAUACCGUUUAAAAAAGAAGAAGAGGCUAUACAGAUUGCUAAUGACACUGAUUCAGGAUUAGCUGCUUACUUGUUCACAAACAAUAUUCAGCGUUUAUGGCGCGUGUCUGAAGCUCUUGAAUAUGGUCUUGUUGGAGUUAAAAAUCAUGUGUCUUUUUCACAGGUAGCACCCUUUGGAGGUGUUAAGCAGUCUGGUUUAGGCCGGGAAGGUUCUAAAUACGGAUUAGAUGAGUAUCUUGAGAUCAAGUGCAUUUGUAUGGGAAACAUGGGUGGAUACGGAUCACCAUUGAUAGUUGAAAUAAUUGGGGUUUCAUUUCUGUUUUGUUUUCCAAUAUGUGAAUAAGAGUUCAAAAUAUGCAUUC